AAAGACAAGGCUAGAUACACGUGCAGUGAAUGCAAUGCAGCUUUCAAGGUUAAGUCGUAUUUGACUCGCCACCUUCGGAAGCAUAAUAAUGCCAAGGCAUUCGUCUGCCCAUUUUACCGGGAAGAAGACUCAGAGUACUGUGGAACUGGAAAGUCUGGAACAAAGUGCCAUCUUACAGGGGGGUUUUCCCGUAAGGAUACAUAUAAAACUCACUUGAAGGCCUUACAUUUCAUUUAUCCACCCCGCACGAAGUCUAGCGAGAGAGGAAGUCAAGGAGGCCGUUGCGCCGGGUGUUUCCAGUACUUUGAGAGCAAUUCUGACUGGUUCAAGUAUCACAUUGAGGACGGGUCUUGC